UCUGUUACAUACAAUACAUUCCAAGCAAACAAAAUGAGAAACUAACUACUCUUGCUUCAAAGAAACCCCCUUCUUUCCAACCACCACAUUCCCAAAACACCAACUUUGAUCAUAUUAUAACGUGCCGGAUUUUUACAUGGUUUACUAACAAUGUGUUAAAUACGUCCAUAUAUGUUACCAUUAUCCUCUCUCCUCUUAUCAAUUUUGAUCAAUGCUCUGUUUCUUUUCAACCGCAUCAGAAACAGAGCACAUCCAUUGAUAUGGAAAAAACACAGCUUUUCACAUAUACAUUAACAUUAUGUACUGUACUAUCUCUUGCUGUUCUUGCAUUCGUCUUUUGCAUCCUUGCCGAGUUCAAGAAGUCCAAGGUAGAGGAUGUGAAAGUAGAUGGGAAAUUGUGUGAAUUGCCAGAAAAUGAAGCGUUUUGGCUAGGAACUGCAGCUUUGAUAUGUUUUACUAUUGCUCAAAUCAUAGGAAACUCCAUUUUUUUUGUAGGAUAUUGGUCAGAUUCAAAGGAAAGAAGAUCAUGUUGUCAAUUUAAAAGGCCAACUGUUGCUAUCAUACUCUUAAUAAUUUCCUGGAUCAACUUUGGAAUUUCAAUAACAUUAAUAAGCACAGCAACAAGCAUGAAUAGAAGGCAAUCUUAUGGAAAAGGAUGGCUAAAUGGGGAAUGUUAUAUAGUUAAAGAUGGGAUUUUUGUUGGUGCAUCAAUUUUAAUUCUUGUUACCUUAGGAUGCACUUUAGCUUCUGCAGUUGCUACAUUAAGGAAACGAUAUCAAGUUUUAGCCGUUGAAAAGGGGAAAAACAAUGGAUUCCCAACCGAUCAACGUGUAAUUUUGUAAUGAAAAAACUAAAAUGUUGUAAGUUGUAUAUUUGUUUAAUGUUUAUACAUAGUUAACUCUUAAGGCUGCAUAUAUCAUAACCGAAAGCCUUGUUGAUCUGCGAGUUUGGUUUGA